AUGGGAUAGAAGUGGUGAUGAUGAAUUGGAUGAAAAUGAAUUCAGAGGUAAAAGACAGUUCAAACAAAGAUGGAAUGAUUCAAAAGAAAACCGUCCAAGCUGGAAAUGGAGAGAAAGAGAUCAGAUUUCCCCCGGCAACCGCUAUUCAAACUAUAAUGACAGAAGAGAUUGGAAAUCUAAUAAAUACAGAGAUGAGUCAGAUUUUGAUACAAAUAAGGAUCGAAGAAUUAAAAACUACGAUCAAAAAUCUCAGUACAGAUCUGGAUACUCAAAACUUGAAGAAAAUAUAUACAAAAACAGAGAUGACAUAAAUCCUCGUAAAACUAGGCCAAGGCCAAUGUCAAUGGUUAAAAGACAGGAAUGGAAAGCUCCUAGCACAAAAUGGGGGAGUGGCGCACCAUUAAAGCUUCCUGUGAAGUAUAUCUUCUGUCUGCCAACCUAUAGAAAUCGGUGUUUCAAUCUGAAACAAUGCACCAGAGAACUGCUUUAUCUGCAUGAAAGACACACAUGUACUAAAACCUGUCCAGAUAUUAAAUACAGUUUCUUCAUUGGAAACAACGGAACGGUGUAUGAGUGCAGAGGGUGGGGAACUAGGCCAGGACUGCCAAAGCAGUACGAAAAAAUAAACAAAUCCAGUUUGUUCAUCGCUUUUGCAGGGAAAUACAAUGAGUACAACAUCCCAGACAAGAUGAUACAUGCAAGAGAUUACGUGGUUGAGUACGGUCUCAGGCAUGCACUGAUAGACAAGAACUAUGUCAUACGAAGUGCUGUAGAUCGCGCAAACAUGUCCAGCUCGGAACUCGACGAAGGUCAGAGGAGUGAUGAUCAUCAGCGAAGUGAUGACUAUAGUGAGGAAGGACACGGCCAAUGGGAUGAACGAAGAGAUAGAAUGAGUCAUGACAGAAGAGACAGACGAAGUGACGAGCUAAGAGAUGGACGAAGAGAUGAACGAAGAGAUGGACGAAGAGAUGAACGAAGAGAUGAGCGAAGAGAUGAGCGAAGAGAUGAGCGAAGAGAUGAGCGAAGAGAUGAGCGAAGAGAUGAGCGAAGUGAUAUCCGAAGAGAUAGACGAAAAGAUGAGAAAAGGGACGAGCAAAGUGAUGUAAAGGAUAAGCGAAAAGAUAGACGUAAAGAAGAGCAAAGAUAUAGUCAAAAGGAAAAGCACGAUGAAGAGAAGAAUGAAAAAGGAAAUGACCUCCUAAAUACUCAAGAUGAACAAUCUGAGGAUGACAUUCACGGAAAUGAGGAUCAAAAUGAUCACGAUGAUCAAAAACACGAUACUGAUAAACUAGAUGAUAGUGAACGAGAUAAUGGGGACAAAUAUGAUUGGGAAAAAGAUGAUGACUGGGAAAAAGAUGAUGAUGGUCAUCAUGAUGAUGAUGAUGAUAAUUAUCAAGAUAAUAAAGAAGGGGAAAUCAGUGAAAACUCCGCAGGGUCAAGCUGGGCCGAUGGCUUUAACAGUAUUUCAACAAUCUCCGGUAGCUCUGUGAAAUCAUUUGAAUCCUACAGUUCCUCAUGGGAUGUAAGUUCAGGAGAACUCACUGAUGGAGUAAAAAUGGAGGAGAUCAAGUAGAACACUUUCCAAGACUACAAGUAAAAAAAAUCACUAUUGUAUGCGUUAGAUAUUUUUAUUCAACUAAGACUCUUAUAGCCUUAAGCUACUGUUUUUUAUACGGUGAC